AUGCCUACCUACUCCUACACAAGCUCCUCCUCCUCCUUCUCCACCAGCAUCAACGGCCAGCAAAGUGGCCGGUCAUUUCAAGAGACCUCAAAGACCACGCCCGAGGGCACCACCAUCCGCACCACAACCCAGAAUCUGGGCGAGAGGCCCGUUACCCACGAGCAGCGCUAUGACUCGCAUGGCCACGAGCUGAUUGGGGACCACGCCAGCGGCAAUGCCAGCCGUCGCAUCGAGGACGUGGACCAGCAGGAGGCGGAUCGCAGGUACGAGGAAAGGAUCGAGGACGAGUACGCCAAGCGCGAAGGCGGUGCAUAA